UGGGCGCCCAAGGACGUCCAGGCGGGGGGCGCAGCAAUCCGCACACUGCGACUGGGAGACUCUUACCCCAGGCGGAGCCCACCUUUCGCCCUCUUGCGCGCGGCAGUUUGCAGCAGCCUUCCGGCAUGCGGCAUUGUGGGCGUUGUAGUCCGCUCGCCGCCUCCCUCUUGCGGACCAAGCGGCUCGCCGGACUACGUUUCCCUUCGGCCCGCGCGCGCCCCGAGCCGCGUCGGCGCCAGCCCCCGACGAGCCGAGAGUCUCCAAGAUGGCCGCGUGGGGAAGGAGGCGUCUGGGUCCGGGCGGCGGUAGCUCCCGAGAGAGGGAAACAACAGUAUUUGUAAUGAAGAACAUCAAACUCUGAGCUGUAACCUGAAUUCUUGUCCAAAGUUGAGCAUACUGACAGCGAGCACAGCAAACAGAUUGCCGUUUGUCCUGCUGGCCUCUUUGAGGCACACUUACCCAUCUAGGAAAGCAGAGCAGGGAUCUGUAUUCUGCCACCUGUGUGCCAGCCUGGACCAGCUCUCAAACAGCCCUGCCUAUCCUUUCUUGGGCUACUUGGUGCUACUCUCAGGGCCCCUGAGCAUCCCUGAGAUCUCCAUGAUUGUUGGAAUGGUUAGCCUGUCAGCCACAGACUGCUACAUAGUGCAUGAGAUCUACAGUGGGGAGAACGCCCAGGACCAGUUUGAGUAUGAGCUGGAGCAGGCGCUGGAAGCCCAGUACAAGUACAUUGUGAUAGAGCCCACCCGAAUUGGCGAUGAGACAGCACGCUGGAUCACUGUGGGCAACUGCCUGCACAAGACGGCCGUGUUGGCUGGCACUGCCUGCCUCUUCACCCCAUUGGCACUGCCCCUGGAUUACUCCCACUACGUCUCCCUGCCCGCUGGUGUGCUGAGCCUGGCCUGCUGUACCCUCUAUGGGAUCUCCUGGCAGUUUGACCCAUGCUGCAAGUACCAGGUGGAGUAUGAUGCCUAUAAACUGUCGCGCCUGCCUCUGCACACGCUCACCUCCUCCACACCAGUGGUGCUGGUUCGGAAGGACGACCUGCACAGAAAGAGAUUGCACAACACAAUAGCACUGGCUGCCCUGGUGUACUGUGUAAAGAAGGUUUAUGAGCUCUACGCCGUAUGACUGCAGGAGAGUGGGACAUGAGCAGAACCACAGGGCCCACAGGACUCAGAUCCCUACAGCAACACCUUGGGUUUUCUCCAUGAGGCAACAGCACCUGGGAAAGUGUUUGGUUUAAUACUUGUUAUUUUUCAACAAAAAUAACAGAUCAUGGGUAUGCCAGGGGUUUAUUCAGCUCAUUACACUAAGAUGUCUAUUUCCAUAACCCAGGUGUGGGUCCCAGGCUGUGGAAGUCUGACUGGGCAAUGGAAUAUGGAUGGAGCCAACGCUACUUACUGAGGGGUGUGAACUUGCUGUGGGGAUGUCUUAAGUAUAUUGUUUAACUAUACCAUUCAGAAGCCAACCGGAAGCUAUUGACCAUUAAAAUUAUGAGAAUUUCAA